AUGGGCCCCAAGAAGGCCUUUUCUUCCUCUUCCUCUUCGGCUACCUCAAAGCCCAAGCUGGCGUCGAAAAGGUCAAAUCGCAAGUCUCUCAAGUCUGGCCGGCCGCCGCUUCUCUCGUCUUCGCCAUCGUCGUCGACCAAGGUCAACAACGGUGGUGGUCCCUCGAUUACAGCGCCGUCUCUCUCGUCCAGACACACGCGAAAGCUUAUCCGCACCCAUCACACCCUUCAAAAGCGCCUGUCUCGCGCUCGGGCCGAGAACGACACGGCUCUCGUGGAAGAACUCGAAUCUCAACUCUCUGCCUCGGGAGGUCUCGCGACCUAUCAGCACGCCAGCACCGUUGGACAAAGCGCCGAACGAGGCGGCGACUCGAGCCGUGUCCUGGUGCGAUGGCUCAAGGAUGAACUCGACUUUUGUCGCCAGGCUGCGACGGUAACGACAGUGGCAGCAGCAGAACAACGACGGCAACAACACCAACCUCGACAGAUGAUGAAACGUUUACGGAUUCUCGAAGUCGGCGCCCUCAGCACGACAAACGCCCUCAACGUCCCCCACGCCACGACUGUGAGACGGAUCGAUCUUCGCUCUUCCGGGCCCGGUAUCGAAGAGGCAGAUUUCAUGCAGUUCCCUCUCCCCGACGGCGCCUCGGGCAAGGGCGUCUGGCAGGGCGAAAGGGGCUACGACGUGCUCAGCCUCAGUCUAGUCUUGAACUACGUCCCCGACGCACGAGGACGAGGGGACAUGCUACGGAGGACGACCCGGUUUUUUUUCACCCGUUCAGAUUCGGAUUCGGAUUCGGAUAGAGCUGGCGGGGACACUGACAUGGACGUGGACGAAAGCGCCAGGGACAGGGACGGCGGACACGGCAGAGACAUUAUCCAGAGUCAGACUUCUUCCAGCAGCAGUAGUAGUAGCAGGAGGCCACCGAAGCUGCCCUGUCUCUUCCUGGUCCUGCCCGCCCCGACGAUACACAACUCUCGGUACCUGACGCCGUCGCACCUCGACCUCAUCAUGUCGUCGCUGGGGUACACUCGUCUCGAGACCAAGACGACGCGGAAACUCCACUACAGUCUCUGGCGGUACGACCGGGACCGACGAGACCGGUGGAUCCAGGACGGCGGGCCGACCGUGUUUGCGAAGAAGGAAAUCAACCCCGGACCGGGGAGGAACAAUUUUUGUAUCGUUGUGGAUUAA